AUGACAGAAUAUUUAUUUUAUUUUUUGGAACAAUCAUUUGACCUUGGGUCAAUCGAUGAUGAUAAUAAUAAGAAAAUUGUUGAAUUUCUUAUUGCAAAUGGUGCAUAUGUCAAUGAUCAGGACUCGGAAGGAAAGACUCCUCUUCAAAUUGCAUUACAAAAACAUUCCAUAGAAAUAGCUGCAGUUCUUAUUUCACAUGGAGCAUAUAUUAAUGCAAAAGAUAGAUUUGAGCAUACACCUCUUCAUUUUGCAGCUGAAUGCCAUUCUAAAAAAAUAGCUGCGGUUCUUAUUUCACGUGGGGCAGAUGUAAAUGCAAAAGAUAGAUAUGGAUAUACACCUCUUCAUGUUGCUGUUGAAUCUACUAUUGUAAGUUCUUUUGAAUUAGUAGAAUUUCUUAUUUUACAUGGGGCAGAUGUGAAUGCACAAGAUCAUUAUGGGGAAACGCCUCUACAUAAAGCUUUGAGAAAAUCAGCUUGUUCUGAAAUUGUGCAAUAUCUUGUCUUUUAUGGAGCUAAUGUAAAUGCAAUAGAUAAAUGUGAAAGAAUUCUAUUCACUAUGCAAAAGAAAAAUUUGGUAGAUCCGUAG